AUGUCGGAAUCAAGAAGACAGGAGAAAGACCACACGAAAGAUGUUGACGAGCUCAUCCCUCAGGCGAAAUCUCUUGCGCAGGCAGGCAAGCUGCAAGAUGCUCUUGACAAACUCCUUGUCUUGGAAAAACAAACUCGUAAUUCCUCAGACACCCCAUCGACAACCCGAGUUGCAAAGGAGAUAUGUCUGCUAUGCUAUGAAGCCCGCAACUAUGCUCUGUUAAAUUCCAGCAUCAGCACACUCAGCAAGAAGCAUGGACAACUCAAGGGGACCAUACAGGGGAUGGUAGAGCAAGCUAUGACUUGGCUCGACGAUAUCCGGCAGCGUGAAGGAGACGAGAAGUGGCUGGAGCUGAUCAAGACUCUGCGGGAUGUAACUGAGGGAAAAAUCUUUUUGGAAACACCUCGAGCGCGCGUAACCCUUCAGCUUGCUCACUACCAUGAAGCACUCGCGGCCUCCUCCAAGCCGGGGUCGCCGUCCACAAAAGAGUCCCUUGAGACUGCCUCUGAGUUACUUUCUGAUCUUCAAGUAGAGACAUACUCGUCGAUGGAGCGGCGAGAGAAGACCGAGUUUCUCCUGGAGCAAAUGCGGUUACUCAUCGCCUUUGCUCGCAUCAAGGAUGCAGAAAUCGGCCAGGAGGGCAAGAAGGACACGAUUGGUGGUGGCGAGUCUGAGUGGGUCAAAGUGCGCGUGGGGAGUAGGAAAGUCAGCGAGUCGUUCCUAAACGACAAGGCGAACGAGGACCUCAAGCUCAAGUUCUAUGAGAUGAUGAUCCAAUACGCCUUGAAGCAGAGCGCAUACCUCGACGCUGCCAAGUACUAUCAUAAGGUCUGGGAGACACCCAGCAUCAAGGAGGAAGAGCUGGGGCGAGGUCGCGAAGCCUUUGCGCAUGUGGUCUACUACUUGAUACUGGCGCCUCAUGACAAUGAACAGUCGGACAUGUUGCACCGUAUAUAUAACGACCCGACCCUUCAAAGGCUGGAAGAACUUGAGCCCGUCAUGAAGUCAUUCAUCACGCAGGAAAUCAUGCGAUGGUCCGGAGUAGGAGAGAUGUAUGGCCCCUUCUUGCGAGGCCACACUGUCUUCCGGGAUGACAAGCUCUGGGAGGAUCUCCACAAGCGGGUAAUAGAACAUAAUAUCCGUAUCAUCGCGCUCUACUAUACCCGAAUAACAUUUUCAAGACUAGCGGCACUCCUCGAAUUGCCUCAACGGGAAGCAGAGGAAACUCUUUGCAGAUUGGUUGUUUCUGGCACUGUCUGGGCCAAAGUCGACCGACCAGCAGGCAUCAUCAACUUCCGCAAAGCCAAGAGCGCUGAGGACGUCAUGAAUGACUGGAGCUCAGAUAUGCAGAAGCUGCUUGGGCUGGUGGAGAAGACAUGGAUGGGUGUCAAUGCUGCACAGGCCGCACAAUCAAGAGUGAAAGCAUAA